AUGGCCGACAGGACGAAGAACGCUUUUCAUAUGGGACCUCCACCGGCGUAUAAAGUUGAGGAUGAAGAUACUCUUUCGCCAAGAUGGUAUGAUGCGAAACGAUGGGGGAAGAAAGUAUGGAUUGCGGUCGGGGCGAUUAUCGCCAUCAUUAUAAUCAUUGUUGUGGUGGGAGUUGUGGAGGGGGAAAAGAAGAACGCAUACCCCGAUUAUUCAAAGCUGAGCUACAGUCUCACAGAUACAAUUUCUGGAACCAGUUUCUUCGACGAGUUCGACUACUACACCGGCUACGACCCCUCAUCAGGCUUCGUUCACUACGUCGACUCCACAGUAGCAGCGCAAUACAACCUUACCUAUGCAUCCUCAUCUUCGGCGGUCCUGCGCGUCGAUACUUCCGUAACCGAAGACACCGUACCGAACGCUUCGACGGGCCGCUUUUCCGUACGCAUUUCUUCCAAGAAGCAAUAUAGUGUGGGUAACCUCUUCAUCUUUGACGUGGUCCAUACCCCUAUCGGCUGCGGCACGUGGCCUGCACUCUGGUUGUCGGACCCUUCUAAUUGGCCUCUGAAUGGAGAGAUUGAUGUUAUGGAGACUGUCAACGUCGUCAGUAGCGCCGCGAACCAGAUGACACUGCAUACAUCUAGUGGCUGUAGUAUGGGCGUCAAGCGCAAGGAGACGGGUAAGCAGCUCACCACCUCGUGCGUCAACACUACCGAUAGCAAUGCCGGUUGCGGUGUCACUGGCGAUUCCACAAGCUUUGGGACUGGUUUCAAUAGCGUCGGUGGUGGUGCCAUGGCAAUGGAAUUACGCACUGAGGGUAUUCGGAUAUGGCAAUUCGUCCGUGCAUCCAUUCCCUCAGACAUCACGAGCGGCACCCCGGAUCCCAGUUCGUGGGGAGAGGCAACAGCUGAUUUCCCGAACACGGACUGUAACAUCGGGACUCAUUUCAGCAACCAGAGUAUCAUCGCGAAUAUCGAUCUCUGUGGGAGUUGGGCAGGUGCGACGAGUGUCUAUGCUGAAACCUGUUCUGGGUCUUGCGAAACCCAGGUGGCCAAUAAUGCGACCGCGUUCACAGAUGCCUAUUGGGAAUUUGGAAAGUUCUCUAUUUAUACCGCCUCGUGA